GAUCUCUUAAUGGCAAAUCAACAAGAAGAUGAGGCCUUCAACAAACCCGCGCAGGAGGAGGGAACUCUUGGAGCCCACACAACAGGAAAUGGCGAUUUCCCCAUUACUACUCUCUGUACCGUAUGCGGACGACCGGCCCGCUACAUGUGUUCCCUUUGUGGUGCCCAAGCCCAGGUGUACUACUGCGACCCUUCUUGUCAGACCUUUGACUGGAACUCUGGGCACAAAGCUGUCUGCGCAGGAAUGCAUAACAAUGGAGCGGCAGCCGUGCGCGAGACCACGUUGCCCAAUACCUCACCGGCUGUAUCGUCGGCAGUCUCUCUCGCGAAUGCCUCCUCUAUGGCGUCGCUGGAUAACACAGGCCGGGGAAGAGUACGACAGAGAAGAAGAAGAGUGCGUGGAAGAGGGAACGUGGCCCAAGUGAUCAAUGCUGAAACACACUUUAUUGAUCGAAUAAAAGGCUUCUUCUCGAGAGGUUCUUCUCAACAUCAAUCUACACACUCGAUUCAGUCGAUACCACCAACAAUACCAACCCCCACAACGCUUCGCACCCCCGACUCGCACAUUGUGGUACCCCCACGAACUUCAUCAUCCGUAGAAAAUCAAGAGCAUCCUAUCAUGGAACCACUAACCGAAGAGGAAAAACUAGAAGAUUUGAAGUUUUACAUGGAGCAAGUUUAUCUCAUCAUCAAGCCCGUCUUAUGCUGCAUCGCCCUUUCAAUUCUAUGGGUGAAGCUUACAACGGAAUCGAGUCCUAAUUUUAGUACUGGAAUUGGCGAAACGGCAGCGCCUCCUAGCACUGUCGGAAGCACAUUUGGCUCUGACGACAAAGGAAAUACCAGCGCCUUCAUUAAUGCACUGAUUAUUUUGGGUCAAAUCGUCGGUGCAACCAUCGUGGUAGUUGUACUAUUUUAUUUCAAUUGCAUGAAGAUCCUCUUUGGAUUUUUCAUACUGGUGGUUACGGCACUAUUAGGCACUUUUGGCUGGACCCUCGGAUCCGAGCUAUUGAUUAGCCAUAAUCUCGCUCUCGAUCAAGUCACAUUUUGGUUUUUUAUAUGGAAUAUGACGGCCGUUGGAGUUUUGAUGAUUUUUUACAAGGGACCUUUGUUUCUUCAGCAAGUUUACUUAGUUUUGAUGAGUAGUAUGAUGGCGUAUACCUUAACGAAACUACCGGCACUCACAGCUUGGAUAUUGUUGGCACUGUUGGCCGUGUGGGAUUUAAUUGCGGUCUUGUGUCCCUUUGGUCCCCUUCGCAUUCUUGUCGAAACCUCACAAAAUGAAGAGCGCGAGAUUCCGGCACUAUUAUAUACUGUGAUGGUAUGGAUGAUGGCUACUCCAGGGGAGCCGCCAUCGUCAACUCGUGACCAAUCCCGAGUUAGCGACCCGGCCAUCAUCGCGCCUGCACCCGCAUAUACACCCAACGCUCGAUGGUCACGAGGAGUAGAAAGUGCGGUGUCGUCGUGGACCCCACUCAGUGAAUACGGGGAUGAACGACAUUUGACAGAUUCCUCAGGUCAAGAUGUCGAGCUGGAUGUUCGUAACUCUACCGGGACGGAGAUGAUAGGGGUGAAUAAUGAGGUUGCUAGGGGACAUCAAGGCAAUACGCCCAUGCCACCGACGAUUCCAGCAGCGCUACCAUCACAAGGAUGCAGGGUGACAGAUGGAGAGAGCAGAGCGCCGAACGACUCGGAGGAGGAGGAGGAAGAGGCGGCGAGAGGGGGACUGAAACUCGGACUGGGCGAUUUUGUGUUUUAUAGUGUCUUGGUCGCUAGAGCAGCGCUAUUUGACUGGAUAACGACUGUAACUUGUACAGUCGCAGUCCUGACUGGGCUAAACAUGACCAUCUUUCUUCUGGCCCUGUACCAAAAGGCUUUGCCAGCGCUCCCAAUCAGUAUCGCAUUCGGUAUCCUCUUCUACUUUGUCAGCUCUGUCACCCUGACACCCUUUACGAAUGAGCUGGUUCGGAGGCAGGACAAGAUCUUCAUUGAAGGAGCUGAUACAUGGCUUUGGGUCGGUAAAAAUGGGGGCGGCGGGAUGAUCUAUGUAUGAUAGCACUAUUUUUGGAGCGUAUUUGAUGUUUCUUUGUUCUAUUCCCUGUCGAUACACGACGGGGAUACUUUCUGUACCAUAUGGCAAUACGUAAUUUUAUAUAUCGAGGCUCGGCCCAAACCUCAC